AGACGCCCUAGGUAUCCUUUUUAUGCAACUACGGCACAUUCCACAGCGGCACAAGGUACGUCUAUCUGUCUCUCGUUGCGUGCUCAAGGUUUUUUUUUUCUAUUGCGUGUGCUUGAUGAACGCUUCAUCAUGGUGUCUCGUUUAUUGCCUGAAUCGUGUUUUCUUUUUGUGCUCUACACGCACAUAUCCGCUGCCGAUUGAUUCCCCCGUCACUCCGAUCAACACCGGAGCUGCUGCUGCUGCUGCAGAAAUGAAGAGGAGGUUCCAUCGCUUCUCUGUCGUCGUGGUGGUGCUUCUGGUAUUCGUGGUGGGGCUUGAAUGCACGACCUUUUUCUCCAUGCAGAGCCCUACAGAAUCUACCGAAAAACCGGUAAGUGUUAAGGGCACUACGCCGCUCUUUGACGAGAACCUCACACGGUCCUUCGAACGCUACAUCAGCCUGGAGAGCUUCCUUGACUGCCUCGGGGCACGCCUCAAUGUCGACCGCCGGACCAGGACGGAGCACCCCUUUAGCAACGUGAACGGGACGAUACCCUACUUCGUGCUGCCCGUGACGAUAGAGCAGGGCGACAUGAAAGCGCUGAUGUGCAACCUGUCGGUGCCGAUCCGGCACAUAACGUACGUGCAGAACGGUGACGUGGGCAGCAUGACUGCGUUUCUGGACCGCGUGCAGGAUGCGUUCGCGUUCACGUCGCGGCUGAAGCUGCUGCGGAUGCCGCAGAACUACGGCUACGCGGUUGCGCUGAACGUUGCGAUGCGUGACGCGCUGUCGAUGCCGUUGGACGAGGUGCCGUUCUUCAUGAUGGCGAACAACGACGUGCGCAUCCCUGGCGGCAUGCUUGGGACGGGGCUCCCGCAGAUGUACGCGCGCUCGCUUGCCGGCCGUGCGCGCAUUGCGGAGUUGGAGGCGGAGGUUGCGACGGAGCCGAACGCGCACACGCCUGCGCUGUUGCGCUACGUGCCGCUGCGCUCGACGGAUGGCCGCCACGUGCUUGUGACGUCGCGGCUGCUGCCUGACCGGAUCCGCUACCAGCCGAAGGACGAGCGCCGAAAAGCCUUUGCGGACUAG